AUGCCGCCAACACCGCCGUCGACGACCUCUUCUAGCGCAGGGCAAUCACCGCCAGACCCGCAGUUCCGAGUUGUGCGCAAGCGGAAUCGCGUUCCUCUAUCAUGUGGAGCCUGUAGGCAUCGAAAACUGAAAUGCAAUCGAGGCCAUCCUUGCGACAAUUGCACAAAGCGCGGAGAUACGGCAUCAUGUACGUAUGCUACUCCGGGCAAUCGCAAGAAGAGUACAGCCAGCUCCGGCUCCUCCACAUCGCCCGAUGACAUGCAAAACCGCAUUGACCGCCUCGAAGGACUUGUUCUCUCUUUGAUGACCAAUGGAGCUCAGAGUGCUGGCCCUGCUGCUGCUCAAGCGGCUAUUGCAAACAGUCUCAACGGUGCAAGUUCGGACCAGCACUUUGACAUGAGCAUCAGCGCACCCGACUCAAUACCCGAGGAAGACGUAGGUGAAGAAAGCGAGAUGGAACAUGUCACAAAAUCCAUCGGGGUGAUGAAGGUGCACAACAACCACACUGUAUUUGCAUCAGAAGCUCACUGGUACGCCAUUUUGGGAGAACUUUCAGAAGUUAAGAAUUACUUUGCAGAGCACAAGAAGCAAUACGAAGAGCAGCUCAAGCGAUACAAGGCGAGCCGUGUCGAGGAUCGUCCACCAGGAACAGCAUUCCUUAUGGGCGGACAGAAGCCUACCUCGAAGGCUGAAAUCCUAUCACAGUUCCCUCCAAAACCCACAGCCGACCUUCUCGUCUCGCGCUUCUUCAACACGUAUGACCCCGGUAUUCACAUCAUUCAUGGUCCCUCUUUCCAGAAAGAGUAUGACAGGCAUUGGUUACAACCAGAUGAGACACCCAUUGUCUGGCUCGGGACCGUCUUUGCAAUGAUGUGCAUUGCAUUGCAGUCAUACACUCGAGCCGGUGACGAGCCUCCCGAAUACCACAACAAGUCCUGGGAGAUGUCAAGAGAAUAUGGAGAUUUGACAGCCCAAUGUUUGAUAAUGGCAGACAUUACACAGCCCGUUACAGGCAUGAUGGAGACGUUGAUCCUGCAUAUUCACGCCGAAUAUGCACGCAGCAGAGACGCAGAGGUGGGUAUCUUGAUAAGCACAGGCAUCAUAGUACGGUUAGCGAUGCGAAUGGGGUUGCACCGAGAUCCCGGACCAUAUACAGACAUGUCUGUAUUCCAGGGGGAGAUGCGGAGACGUGUGUGGGCAGCAGUGCGUUCAAUCGAUCUUCUAUUCUCAGCUCAGGCAGGGCUACCCCCGAUCGUUCGACCACGAGAUACUAAUACCGAGAUUCCACGCAAUAUCUACGAUGACGAGCUUCGUGAAGAUAUGAAGGUUCUGCCGCCCUCGAGACCCGAGACAGAGGCCACCCCCGCUUUGUUCUUGAUCAACCGGACGAGACUGAUCUAUAAGCUGGGAGAGGCUAUUGAGUGCACCGAUACCCUGACCUGCUCCUCUUACGAGGAAGUGAUGAAGCUCGAUGCAGAGGCACGGGAGCUGCACGAUAACAUCUCGCCACAUCUCAAGAUGCGAGGGAUGGAUGAGUCGGCACGCGAUCCGUCAACGCUAAUCAUGCAACGCUUUACGCUAGAUCUGCUCUUCUUAAAGAUCAUAUGCGUACUUCACCGAAAGUACCUAGCUUAUGCAAGAGUGCAAUCACGCUUUGCCUAUUCUAGGAAAGCUGUCAUUGAAGCUUCAAUGAUGCUUCUCAAACACCAAGCGACCCUGCACCGGGAAUGUCAGGCUGGUGGCCGACUACGGAAUGUCAAAUGGUUCAUCUCUUCGCUCACUACGGUCGACUUCCUGCUCGCCGCAAUGAUAAUAUCGUCCGACCUCUGGCACACCACUAGGGACUCUUCAAAUCGCUCUCCACCGCCAGCAGACGCGCUUAUGUGGAGUUCAGAUCGGCGUGAUGAGAUGUUUGAAGCUAUAGAGAUAGCGGUAGGGAUCUGGGAUGGUCUCAAGGAUCAUUCAAUGGAAGCAUACAAAGCCCACAUGACUCUCAGCGUUAUGUUGGAACAACUGAAGAAGCAUCGAUCAACAAAGCAGGCACCGAACGGGUUCCAAGCAGCUUCUUCAGCUUACCCAACGAUGGUGCCAAUGGAAGAUGCUAGUGUCGCACCAGAACACUCGGCAGCAAUGACACUGGGGUUAUUGAGCACAGGUGGUAUGACACCAAAUGCGAAUAUGUUCGAUCAGCGAUACCCAGCCGGAAUGGCGAAUUUGUUGAACGACCCGGCACCUCAGUCAUCAACAGGAUUGACGCCACAGUACAAUCAGCCGACAAAUGGACCUGUAGGACCGGAGAACACGCCGAGCCCGUUCUCAAAUUUGUUUGGAGCCAAUUUCUUCCAGAAUUUGGAUCUUCCGCCAACAGACAACAUCAACUGGGAUGCAUGGGACUCGUACAUCCAAGGCCCAGGCAUGGAAGCGACGAGCAACUUCUUUCCAAUGGACAUUGGUAGUAUGCCAAUGCAGACGGAUCAAAAUGGGCUGCAACCGGGACAUGCACCUGUUCAACAGGCCGCCAAUGGAGGUCGGACAAGUAUGUUUGGGCAUGAUGUCUACAUGGGCGCUGAUCCGAAGACGAGUUCUGGUGAGGGCUAUGCCAUUGGGUUUAUAUCGCCGAAGCAGUCCAACUAG